CCCCCUCCUCCCUUAGCUCUUCCCACCUGCUCAAGUUUGGACCCGCACAAAGCCCGGCGGGGCGCAUUGUGCGCUCUUUUGUCUCCUCUGUGUCAAUGAAGCGGUUGCGAAGGAUACGCAAUGUCUCGCUUUGCUCUUGUUUCUUAGCGACCGCCAGGACUUCAGACGACGCGGAUCGCUUGCCAAAGUUCUCGGGUGCAUUUUGCCUCAUGCUCCUUAUUUUUUUGUUUGUUUGUUUGUGAUUUAGUACAACGAUGUCAAAUCCGAAGUAACCCCCGCCCACCCCCCAAAUAUGUCCGGACAGACGAGCGGGGAUCCCGGCUGGCUCACCCCCUUGCGGAAGGAGGCGCCGUCGAGGGCGAGCACGCCGAGGUUCGGUGCCCUCAGCCACCACUCUUUCUUCUCCAGGCACAACCCGCACCCGCAUCGCGUCAGGCACAUUCAAGGUCUCAACGGCAGGCCCGUGUGCACGGUGAGAGACGACUGGUUGGUCAGCUCCUCCUUGUUCCCGCACCCGCUACUCAUGAGUCACGUGCAGAGGCAAGCCGUCGCGCCGGCGUUGGCUUUGACGCCGCAUCGGACUCACCUGGCUAGCCAAGCAGCAAUGUUUUCAGAAGCCUGGAGAGAUGAGCUCAGGGAGCUGGCAGCCAAAGUCGCUCCAUCUUCCGAAAUGGAGGCUCGACUGACAGAAGAGCCCGUCCGGCGCCAGACCCAAUACUCUGCCCAAACCGGACGACUGGUCCCCGCAUCUGCCGAGUCUCACCCGCGUCGACCUCCUUCGCAGCAUCUGGACCACCACAAACCUUUCCACGAUCAAGAGCUCAUGGUACUGGAACUGCUUUGUCAGAUCCUUCAGACGGAUUCGUUGCGGGCGGUCCAGCGGUGGCUCUUGUUGGCCGGCCACAGAGAAAAGGAGCUGGUGACGGGGAUGCUCAAACGAGUGGAUUUGUCGGGCCGCCCGUGCCGCAAUACUUUCUGGCGUCCGCCCCCUUGUCUUUCCACCCCCGGGGGAGAACAGCGCGGCGAGCCAGGCAGGCGGCCACCUCGCAUCUUUGCACCCAUUUGAGGCCGUCCGGUUUGCAUUCAUUGUUGGUUGUGCGCUUUCUCAGGUCCUACUGAGCCGACGGAACAUCCGUCGGCGGCGGCGGCGGCGAGCCUGGUCGGGCCCCGAAAGGUCCUCGAGGCGUCCUCCACACCUUGCAAUUUCUUUCAAUAGUGGCACGUCACAAGAGAGGUUGCCGCCGAGCACUUUCCAUUGUGUUUGUCAACAGCGUAGAAAAUUGAGUCGUGAGAGGAAAAAUGACAAUGAUUAAAAACACGCCUCACUGGACACAGGUCAUGGUUUUAAACGCGCCCACCACCGAGCAUACGUGCGCUGACCGCAAAGUCUUUUGGUUGCAAAUGUGCUUCCGUUGAACUCUGCGCUGUGUUCUUAGUCAUCUCAAAUGUUGUCCACCCUGCUCUAUGAAUGUCUUCAUUUCAAUUUUUCCCCAUGCUUUAAGAGUAAAUAAGCCCGACAGAAAGCCAAAAAAAGUCUAAAAGGCAUUUUGCUUUGAAUGACCAUGUACAGUAAGGCGUUUUUUAAGAAAAUAAUUGAAGGCCGAAAAAAGAUGAUGGAUAGUCAGGUGUUUUUUAAAUUGUUUUUUUAAAAAUGACUGUCUAGACUCUAGAGGAAGGCAUUUUAAAGUAAUAAUGAAAUAAAGCCUAAAAAAAAGACCAAAGGUGGGGGGUUAUCCCCCCCCUUUU